AUGGCGCACUCGCGGCUUCUGCUGAGCAGUGGCUUGCAGAUGCACGUGGUGCAGCUGCCAGCAGUGGGGGAAGCCCGCGGCACGGUGCUCUGCCUGCACGGCUUUCCGGACACCUGGUUCGGCUGGCGCCACCAGAUGCCCGCCUUCUCCCAACGAGGCUGGCACGUGGUGGUGCCUGACCUCCGGGGUUAUGGCGAGACGGAGGUGCCCAAAGAGUCCCCCGCGCAGUACCAAAUGAAGGAGCUGUGCGAGGAUUUGCUGGGCUUGUUGGAGGCGCUACUGCUACGGCGCGUGGUGGUCUUGGGCCACGACUGGGGCGGCAGCUUGGCCUGGACCUUCGCGCUACAGUUCCCACAGCGAGUCACGGCGGUGGGGGCGGUGUGUACGCCCUUCUUCCCCAACAACCCGGCCAAGAACCCCUGGCACAGCAUGCGCGAGAAGCCGGGGCGUUUUGACUACCAGAUGUGGUUCCAGAACGCUGAGGCGGAGGCUGAGCUGUCGGAGGAUCCGGAAUACACGGUGAAGUGCAUCAUCAGGGGCACAGGCGAGAAGGAGGCCUCCACCUUCAACGAGGCCUUUGCCUCGCCCACGGAGAGAGGCGGCCUGUUGAAGGGCCUCCCGCCCAAGGAGCUUUGCCCCCGCUCCGAGAUUCUCAGCGAGGAGGAGCUGAGAUACUAUGCCGCCCAAUUCCGGCGGUCUGGCUUCUUCGGUGGGCUCAGCUGGUAUCGCAACGUGGAGCGCAAUUGGCAGUGGAUGCGCUCCACGGCGGGUCAGAAGAUCCAGCAGGCGGCCUUCAUCCUCACCGCGGGGCGAGACCCCACGCUGCGCGCCUCCAUGGUGGAUAGCCUCAAGAUGAAGGACUGGGUGCCGCGGCUGCGGCACGUCCACAUCGAGGACGCGGGGCACUGGGUGCUGCAGGAGGCGCCGAAGGAGGCGACGACGCUGAUCUGCGAGUGGCUGGACCACCUGCCGUCCGAGUCGGCGACUAUGGCGCGUCUUUGA